AUGGCAAAGGACUUUCAAGAUAUCCAGCAGCUGGACUGUGAGGAAAGUGACCACCAACCGGGUAGAGGUGAAAGACCAGAACUUGGUGGGCAAAGUCCUAGAAGAGAAGAUCCGUUUGGGAAAGGCAAGACGCCUUCCCCGCAAUCCUUCCUACAACAUCUCUGCUCCCAGCCCCGCCUCAGUCUGCUUGCCCUGGGCUUCAAUGUCCUGCUGCUAGUGGUCAUCUGUGUGAUUGGAUCCAAAAGCACACAGCUGCAAAUGGAGCUGCGGACCCUGAAAGAAACUUUAAACAACUUUUCAUCGACCAUCCUAAUGGAAGUCUGGCGUCUCAAUUCCCAUGGAAGCAAUACAAGUGACAGCGUAACAUUUCUGCAAGCCAAGCUGGAGAAACAGAACCAGGACCUGAAAUCAGAUCAUGCCAACUUGAAACUUCAUCUGAAACACUUUCCAAUGGAUCUGCAAGUUCUGGCAUGUCAGACAGCAUUUCUCCGGACCAACGGCACAGAAUGCUGUCCUGUUAACUGGAUGGAGUAUGAAGGCAAUUGUUACUGGUUCUCUCACUCUGGAGUAACCUGGGCUGAGGCUAACAAGUACUGUCAGCUGGAGAAUGCCCACCUGGUCGUCAUCAACUCCAACGAGGAGCAGAAAUUCAUUCUCCAACACAUAAACCCCUUUCACACCUGGAUAGGACUUACUGGCAGUGACAGCUCCUGGAAGUGGGUGGAUGGUACCAACUAUGAAAAUAGCUAUACGAACUGGGCUUACUCUCAGCCUGACAACUGGAAAGGGCAUGAGAUGGGAGGAAGUGAAGACUGUGUUGAAAUCAGGCCAGAUGGCCAAUGGAAUGAUGAUUUCUGCAAGCAGGUGCAUCGCUGGGUGUGUGAGACCAAGCAGACCCACAACAUCAGGAGCCCCUGA